AUGAGUCAUCAACAUUUAUCAAAAAUAACAUAUAAAAUGUUAACACCAAAUAUGGUACCAAAAGUUGUAGAUUCAAUUACUAAAAGUUUUGCAACAGAUCCAUUUUCAAUUGCGUUAAAUUUAAAUAAAAAUAAUUGGACUGAAAUGGCAACAUUAUUCGUUGACAGAGCUGCAAAAAAAGAUUUAAGCUUAGUUGCAAUUGAUAAUGAAACAGAUCAAAUCGUUGGUUGUAUUAUUAAUGAAGAUUGGAAAACUAGAGAACCUGAAGAAUUUCAUACAAGUUUAGAUAAAAAAUGGGAACCAGUAAAAUCAAUGUUUUCAAAUUUACAUCAUAAAUAUAAAAAAGAACAUCCAAAUACAAUUAGAUUUGGUGAGAUUAUUCAUUCUUUAUAUUUUACAUGCGUUGUUCCAAGUUCUAGAGGUCAAGGUGUUGCAUAUGAUAUGUGGUAUCAUAGUACAGAUAUAGGUAGAGCUCAUAACUUUCAAUAUAUGUGUGCAGAAACUGCAACUGUAUCUGGUCAAAAACUUUGUGAACAUAUUGGAUUUACUCCAAAAUCAUCAAUCCCAUAUAAUAAAUUUGAAUACCAAGGUGAAAGAAUUUUUCAAAAACUUCCUCAAAUCAACACAAAUUUCGAAAAAUUAACAAUUUGGGAAAAGAAAAUCGUUUCAAAUCUUUAUUAA